UGAGAGGCGGAGUCGUGGGCAAUUGCCAGCAAUCUUAAGGGGCAUUGCACUUGUCUCGGUCUGACAGCACUGGCCGAGCGCGACCACUGGAGCGGAACUACAGCUGUUGUUUACGAAGCAUGUGACCAACAUGGGAAGGGACAGCGCAAACAGGCCCAUAAACUCAUACAGAUAGGAGUUUAGUGGAAGACCGUAAGAUCACAUGACAAACACUACACAAGGUAUUAGAAAUGUGAAGUGUAUGUUUGGAUGAAGAAGUGAUAAAUAAAGUGUUUAUUCAUCUUGCAUUGAGACUCUGUCUAGUUGUAGUUUACCACCCCAGGUGUUGUCGAAGUAUGACGGUGAACUCGACUGUAGCUGGAAGGUAUUUUAUAAUAAUACAGCUUUGAAUGUUGACUCGUAAAUCAAAGUAGCACUUAUUAUUACGUUGACAACUAACCAAAGUUUUCGCAAUACCAAUCGAUUCCCUUGAUCUUGAGGAGGAUAGCAGUCUCCUUGCUACAACAUCCCAACUUGUAAGGCCAGUGACGAAUAACAUAUCUUGAACUUCAUUCCACAUUGAUGUUUAUAUCUAUCAAUCAAAUGUUUUUAAAAAAAUGGCUUUAUAAAAUACAUCAGCAGUCACAAAGUGCUUUACAGAUACCCAGCCUAAAACCCCAAAUACUAUUUACCACAGUGUUUUAUCCCUAAUGUGAAGCAUUGUAGAGGUAUCAAAGAUACACGACUUGAAAAGACUACCUUUUAACAGUAUUAUGACAAAAGUAUAUAUUAGUCAUCUCCACUGUCUGCCAUAUAAUGGUAGUAUGUUGUCUUAAUGUACGCCCCAAACAUUUCCUUGGAAUGUUUGUUUUUUGAAGGGGGUGGGGGAUAUACUGGUUAGGACAGGUUGGCCAUGAAAGUGGUUUAUAAUCCUCUGCUGUAUCAUUACAGGAUAUUAUAUAUGAUUAUUAUGGUGAGAAUGUUUCUUGUCAGGGUCUCCCCACUGUUUCAGUGCAUAUCUCAGAUUCCUACCCCACCCCCCUCACACCUGUUUUAAGCACUUUGAGACGCCUCCGCCUCCUUAAAGUGCCUCUCUUGCCUGUUCAGGGGGCCUCUGCCACGACUACAACCCAGAUGAAGUCCUUUACUGACAUAUUGCCACCCCUCAGUCCCGCUUUUCCAUUCAUGUAAAAAUAUUUUUUUUAAGAAUAAUUUCUAUAGGUUUACAAAUAGGCCUAAUACUAAUUUUAUGUGUUUUAAAUUGUAGUGACUGUGUUAUCAAAGUAAAGAUGUAAACAAGGAGGCCCCUUGCCACAGCGCCUGUCUGGUUUAUGAAGGGUAGUGAUUCACUGUGCUUUCUCAAUUCCCGGUGGAGAACAUGAUGACAAGGUACCUGUAUUUUCCUUAAAGAUCACAGAGGUACAAUGUUUUUCUGUGAUAUUUAUCUCCCUCAGGGUGAUCGUAAAGUAGCGCAAUGUAAUCUCUGACAGCAAUUUUACAGAAGCUUGCUGUGUGUGUGUGUGUAUCCUUCUAUGCUCAUUUCUCUCAUGUAGACUCCUUUCUACCAAUUCCCCAGGGCAGUGAUUGGGGACAUUGCCCUGUGUAGGGUGCUGUCUUUCGGAUGGAAGGUUAAACGGAUGUCCUGACUCUCUGUGGUCACUAAAGAGCCCAUGGCACUUAUCGUAAGAGUAAGGGUGUGAACCCCGGUGUUCUGGCUAAAUUCCCCAAAGCAAGAGUAAAAAAGAAACGUAACCUAGAGCCAUAGAAUUUGAAUGUCUGACAGUGCAAACUGUUACUGAUGACAUAUGGGUGCUAUGUGGUUAUGUUCAAUGUACUUUUAGCCGGUCUUAAAUAUUUACUUGACCAUCAUUUCUAGUAACAAGGUGGUAAAGAGCGGUUUUGAUAUACUUUUUAAGCAGUAUUUACUGAAACAGAAGUCAACCGUACACCCACAACCAAAUGUUUAAUUUGCCAAGUAACAGAAGUUAAAACGGAAAACUCCAUCUGUUUUGUGAGAAGGGGUUACUUUUGCCGUUCAACGCACAUCUGAACCGAGCUUAAAGGCCCAGUGCAGUCAAAAACACGAUUUUAUUGUGUGUUAUAUAUAUUGUCAUAUUAUGAGGUUGCAAUAAUAUGUGAAAUUGUGAAAAUAAUGGUAAAUGCCUGUUGUUUGAGCUGUUUGAAAAGACUGUCUGAAAUGUCAUGGUGGAAGGGAGUUUUGGCCUUCCAUGGUGACAUCACCAUGCGGCAAAUUAGUUAAUAGACCAAUAAGAAAGAUGGUUCCAACCCUCUCUGCUAAUAACAGCUCAUUUUCCGUUUCCCCCUCCCCACUCAGAACACUCCCUGACAGUCCUAGCAAAAUUCUUGCUUGAGAAAUUGCUUGCUAAGAAGCUGUUUUUGUUUGUUUUUAAAUUAAAAUGGUCAAAAAGAAUCACAGUAAGAUACUUAAUUCGUACCCAGAAAUGAUUUGAUAUUGAGAUAAAAAUGGCUGUAUUCGACCUUUUUGAAAAACUUGGGAAAGUAUUCUGUAUUGGGAAAUGUAUGAACAAAUUUGACCUACAUGCAUGCGUCAGGUGAUGAGGUUCAUGCCAUACCGUACUGGUAGUGAUAUGACAUAAAGAGGUGGCCUACAAUGUAUUUGUGAGUUGAGAUCUUCUUCUGAGUAUUUCUAACAGGACCAUAUGCUGCUGGAGUGGGGCCAUAACGUCAAGGAACCCUGCCUCCCCGUGCACGUUUUCAGCCCUCCGCGGGUGCCUGGAUGUCACCAUUGUACAGCGCGUUGGAUUUCAUUUGAAGUUUGACUUUAUUACCCUUGUGGCGCAAGGAUGAUUGUUCAGGUUCUCCUGACGGGGACACUAUGCUGCCUACUGCCAGGUUUGCUGGAUGCUACACCUCUGAAGGCUAGAACUGUAGGGGAGGUCAGCAUAGACUCUGCCCAGGCUCAUGGCUUCCUGUCUCAGUCACGCUCCAAACGGAACGUCAACCCGGACCCCAAGUGGCACCGCGGCACGCCUGAUUUCCAGUACUACUACAAAUUCUACAACAGCAUAGGCCAUAUUGAAGGACUGUAUGAGAUUGACAAGAUCAGGAUACUGUAUCAGCAGAUGCGUCACCUAGAGCAGGUCUAUGGGCCAGACGCCUCCAGCUACCAGAAUGCCCUGGGUGUGAUAACCCCUCCACCUACCACCGCAGCUCCUACCACCACCACAGUGCUUCCUACCACUCAGCCCCCUCCUAUUACACCAGGAUCACUUUCUCUAACUGAGGCUGAUGUCCUUUAUCUGUGUAACCCCAAAGACCCCCUCUGUAAAGCUCACAUCGUUUACCUGCCUGCAGGGGCCAUCCCAGUCCUCUGUGACCCACGCUACAACCCUACCUGCAAACCCCAAACCGGCAAGGUGGUCAUAGCCGCUGCCGGACCUGCGGAGCCAGCUGUUGAAUCACCUCCCCCACCUCCACCCCCUCCUAAGAAGUCUCUCCCACCUCCUUCUCCCAUUGUCAUUAAAGGGAUGGAGUAUGACUGCGACCCUUACUGGGACCCUGACUGCCUGAUCGAUCACCCACCUCGCUCUGUCCAGGUGACUGAGCCACCACCACCCCCUACUUUCCCACUUGUUGUGGUGGCCCCUGUUGAGGAGGAGGAGGAGGAGGAGGAGGAAGAAGAAGAAGAAAUGGCCACCGAGGAGACAGUAGCACCUUCUGACCCUUAUGAUUGGGGACGUGACCUUUUUGACCCUUACCUCUAUUCCGACCCAGCACCUGACCCCCAGUAGACAGUUUUUUGUUUUGUUUAUCUAAGUACAAACAUAACACAUUAGUACUGCAAUACAACAGAAGGUCAUUUAGGUCGGACUGUGAGCAAAAUCAUAAACACAAUUGUACACAAACACAAAAAUGUCCCCACAUGUAUGACAUUUCUCAGUUCCAUCAGAGAAUAUUGUUUUGAGUUGUACAGACAACGGACUUAUAAUAUAUUGUAUUCAACGUGUGUGUCUGUUAUCAAUUAAUAUGAACAAAAAUGAAGUGUCACGUCCCAUUUGAAAUUGUUUGUGGUAAAAGGUCGCCCUCCAGCGGUGAGAACUGAAACUAUAAAUUAAACGAUCUAUCUGGACAGUC